UGGUGUUGUUGGUGUUGGCAGUCACGGCCUGUCGCCGCAUCCGCCAUCGUCAAUGGCUCCGCCCUCAUAUGCCGCUCACUUUAGCGAAGGCCGCGAGUGUGUCAACUGUGGCGCUAUAUCGACACCGUUGUGGCGCAGGGAUGGCACCGGACACUACCUGUGCAAUGCUUGCGGAUUGUAUCAUAAGAUGAACGGCGCGCGUAGGCCUCUCAUCAAACCUCAGAGAAGACUAGCAGCCAGUCGUCGAUUAGGUCUGUGCUGUUCAAACUGUGGCACAACAACGACAACACUGUGGCGCAGGAAUAAUGAGGGCGAACCUGUCUGUAACGCCUGUGGCCUAUACUAUAAGCUCCAUAACGUGAACCGUCCGCUUGCUAUGCGUAAGGAAGGCAUACAAACACGCAAACGAAAGCCUAAACAAAAUAAUAGCUCACAAAUCAAUGCUGGCAAUCAUCAUCAUCAGCAUCAUAAUCAUUGUAAAAGUGAGACAACAAAACACAACAACAACAACAACGAUAUCAAUGACAGAGAUAUGUCAUCAACGGAUGAUGAGAUGACUACCAGAUCACACCUAAUGUUAAGACACGGUUUAGCCGGCGGUGAUCAUCCGAUUGUCGAUCCUAUAUCAGCUGCCAAUCAUUUUGUUAACCACAAUGUUGUUGGUGUCAAUCAUAAUAAUAAUAAUAAUCAUAAUCACAAUCAUAGUCAAUGGUCAGCGGUGGUGGUACCAUCAAAUCGGGACAGUAUUUCAUCGCCAAAAUAA